AUGUUCCCGUUCAUAGUUCUGUGUCUCGCUGGAGUUGCGGCCCUCUGGGUGGUGCGGAAGCGACCUGCUUCGAGACCCAGGGCGCCUCUACCACCGGGGCCCCAAGGAAUCCCGCUUCUUGGAAACAUCAACGAGCUCGCUCCAAAAGACGAUACACCCAGGUGGAAAUUCUGGAGGGACAGCCUAGCUCAGUAUGGCCCGGUCAGCUCGCUCAACGUCUUCGGCCAGACGAUCAUAAUCUUGAACGACGUGGAGGCUGCGGUAGACAUCCUGGAUCGGAAAGGAUCUGUUACGCAAUUUGACACGGAUUUGACCAUGCCCAAAAUGUGCGGAUGGGGGGAAGCCCGGCCCCAUCCCGGCGAUCUGGGCCACUGGAAAGGAGUCCGCUCGAAUUUGAAGCGCGAGAUGGGGACGAAACAGGCGGUCUCGCGCCUGCAUCCGCUGAUAGAUCGUACUACACGGCAGCUAUUGUGGCAUCUUCUCGAGGCCCCAGAUAACAUCCGAGACCAUAUUGGAAGGGACGCGGCCGGGUUCUUCCUCAAUCUGGGUUACGGAUAUAACAUGGCGCCUCGUGAUCAUCUAACUGGAAAGGAAGACCCUUUCUACGAGCUCACGCGCAAGGCAAACUCGCUCUUUUGGGAAAUUUUCUCGCGGCAGGAUUGGAUAGUCAAUCAGAUUCCUCUGCUGCAAUAUCUCCCUGCUUGCUUUCCAGGAGCCGAGUUCGCAAGAAAGGCAAAAGAGAUCAAAGGAUCCAUCGAGGAGAUCAAAGUGCUCGGACUCAAGGUCGUGCAAAAGAUGGCCCGGGACCAAACCACCUUACAGCCGUCCAUGCUAGCUCGGUUGCUGCAGGACGGGGCUCCCGAGCCAGGUUCCGAGCGAGAAGCAGCCAUGAUGUGGUCUCCUUUGGAGCUUUAUCUGGGGGGUAAUGAAGCAGUAAGUCGGUUUGAGAGCGCGAUUGUGCAACCGAAAGUCACUGACGAGCCGGCUCGUCAGGCAGUCGCCACCUUCAAUAGCAUCCUCAUAGCGAUGGCCUUACACCCGCAUGUGCAGCGCAAGGCUCAGGAUGAGCUUGACCGCGUGGUCGGGCCAGAUGCUCUCCCAGGCUUCCAGCACCGCGCCAGCCUCCCCUAUAUCAAUGCCAUCUUGAGAGAGACCCUGCGGUGGCACCCUCCGGCUCUCAUUCCCCCACCGCAUGUGUCGAAUGCAGACCUUAUGUGGAAUGGAUAUUUGCUUCCCAAGGGCUCCUACUUGCUCGCGAAUAUUGGGGCAUUCACCCAGAACGCCGCCUUGUAUAAAGACCCCACGACAUUCGAUCCCGUUCGCUUCCUGGCAAGAGGUCCAGAUAGCCAAAGCCAUACCCCAGAGCCUGAUAUACAAAAGUUUAUCUUCGGGUUCGGUCGCCGCGUAUGCCCAGGGCGGUUUCUGGCGGAUGAAAUGUUAUUCCUAUUCACUGCGCAGGUUCUCGCGUGCUUCAACAUUGCGCCCAAGGUUCCCGGUACAUCAGAGCCCAAAUGGCUAGCGGGGAUCAUCUCCCAGCCGGGGCCGUUCGAUCUCAGCAUUGAGCCGCGGAGCCGUCAGCAUGAGGUGCUGAUCCGCGAAGCUGGAAAAGAGACUCUUGCAACGGCACAGGAUGCGGAGGAGCUUGCAAAGUUGGCUGUCUAA